UUCAUGAAGUCAGUUUGGUGAUCGUGUUUUUAUGGAGGCGAUAAGGAAACAAGCAAUCAAGCUCAGAGAGCAAGUUGCCAAACAGCAACAAGCGGUGCUGAAGCAUUUGGGACAUCUUGCAAUGAAGGUGUGUGGUUGAUGAAGCUGAAAUUGAUGUCAUAAACAACUUCAAAAUUUGUACAGUUCUACCAAGGCAGCUAAGCGUUUUCAGAGGAAUAUUGUUCGUGGUGUUGAAGGUUUUAUUGCUGUAAGCUUGAAGCAAAUGGAGAUAGUGCGAAGGUUGGCUGAAGAUUGUUGCAAAUAUGGAGCUGAGAAUCAAAGCAAUGAUUCUCCACUUGCAAGAGCUGCUUCACUUUGGUUCUGUCAUGAUUUGAUGGAAAAUGAGAGGGAAGCUUUGCUUGGAAUUCUUGGUGAUCAGGUAUCUGAACCUCUUAAGACAUUAAUAAAUGGAGCACCUUUGGAGGAUGCUCGCCACUUGACUCAUCGUUAUGAGAGACUUCGGCAUGAGGUUGAAUCCCAGGCAGCAGAAGUAAUGAGGCGUCGAUCAAAGAUCAGGGAAUCUGAAAUAUCUGCAGAGAGUGCUAUGAAGCUUCGAAAUGCAGAAGCAAGAUUAACAGAACUUAAAUCUUCUGUGAAGGCACUUGGCAGAGAAGCAACUGAUGCCAUGUUGUCAGUUGAAAAUCAGCAGCAACAGAUAACAUUUCAUCGACUUUUUGCUAUGGUCGAUGCUGAGAGAAGUUAUCAUCAACGUGUCAUUGCUAGUUUAGAGAAGCUAUAUGCUGAGAUGAUUCUAGAGGAGCAAUCAGAUGAGUCUUCAUCUCAAUCUGUUACCAUGCAAAUGGAUGUAAAUUCACAACUUGCACAUCAGAAUAUUGAUUCGGAUAGAUCUGAAAGACAGAUGCAUGUUAAUCAGAAUAAUGACUACUUCAUUGCAAAAGUUGUACAUCCAUUCGAUGCUCAAGCAGAUGGGGAGCUGAGUCUAUCAGUUGAUGAUUAUGUUGUGGUUCGCCAGGUGGCUCCUACCGGAUGGUCGGAAGGUGAAUGUAAGGGCAAGGCUGGAUGGUUUCCCUCUGCUUAUGUUGAAAGGCAGGAGCAAGCACCUGCAGGCGUGGUCUCGGAAGCAGAGUUGUCGCCUUGAUUGCAGUUCUCUCCCUAAAUCUAGUGUUACGAAAUUGUAUAUGCCCGCUUUCUUGUCAUAUAUUUGCUAUUGUAGGAAUACGCAGCUAGAGCAAUUGCCUACUUCUGUAUCAUUUUUCUUUCAUCUUAUCUGUGUGAUAAUAUGCAUAAUGUAUCUGCAACUGUAAGUGCCAAUUUUCUAUGAGAUAAGUGGUUUUAUUGUGUGUAUAC